UGCCAGUUCGUCUCACCGUGACCCGCAAAAAGGCACGACAGUCUUGGACUGCCGCGAAGCAUUAAAGGGCGAGACGCGGUGUGGAGGAUCCAAGCACCCUCACGCUCCACCUCUUCCCACUCCAUUUGACGACCUUCACCUUCAUCGACGCGCGACAAGAGGACUCUGCUGCUCGCGCCGAGCAUGCAAACGUGGGACGGUACCACCGCGCAGUGGCCAUCCGAAUGGCAAAUACCGCCGAGCGACGAGCAUUCAGGGCCAUGUGAUGGUCCGCUCGUCGCUCAUCCCCUCAUCGAGCCAUACCUCAGCAUUCAACCGCCCUCGCAAAUCUGCGGACCCUUCACGAGCCAGGCCGAUCAUUUUUCCCUCCCUGCACUGUACAAUCUUGGGCAACCGGUUCUUCUAGAUCACGACCCUCGUCUUCUCGGAGAUGCUCAAACGUCCCGCCCACACGAUGAUCGCAACGUGACGAACCAGCCGAUAUCGCCAGAGUUGCUUGAAAAUAACCUCAAAUUUGGACCGCAACCCUCACAAGGUUUCAAGAGAAAGCGUCCGCAAAGUUGCGACAAUUGCCGUUCGCGCAAGGUACGCUGCACGCGCACACCGCCGGACAGCUCCACUACAGAUCGUCGUUGCCUGCCAUGCCAAUCUGUGGAUGGGUGAGUGGCGCUCUCGCGCUUUUGAGACGCCGACGAGUUUACUUCUGGCGACCUCUCUGUUACCAGUUCUUGCACCUAUGACUAUAUUCCAAAAAGACCCGGUCC